AUGGUGCCUGAUGGAACUUGCUCAGAUUCAUCAAUGCUACAUUUCCAAAGGGAUAAAGUAGAGAUAGUUGAAUUAGUUUCUAAAAGGGUUUUGGAUGAACUGGUUCGUAGCAUAUACUUGGCUGAAUGUAAACACCCGAUUGGCAUAGAUUCCCGUGUAGAAGAUUUAUUAUCUUUAUUAAGCAAUGGUUCUCAUGAUGUUCAAUUCAUAGGAAUAUGUGGUUGGAGUGGAAUUGGGAAGACAACCAUUGCUAAGGCUGUCUAUAACCGCUAUUGUUCAGCCUUUAAUAAGCAUAGUUUUAUUUCAGAUGUUAGUAAACAAGCGAAGCAAUGCACAGAUCUUGCUUCUUUGCAGCAGCGAGAACUUAAGGAUAUUUUCAAAACAGAUUUUGAUAUAGGUCAUGAUCAUAGAGGAAAAAAAUUAAUGGAAGAAAGGUUUUGCAAAGAAAACGUUCUUCUUAUUCUUGAUGAUGUGGAUAGUAAAGAACAACUAGAUGCUUUGGCCAGUGAGUUCAAUUGGUUUGGUCAAGGAAGUCGAAUCAUAAUAACAACCAAAGAUGAAUAUAUCUUGAAUGUGGCUAAAAUUGAUAAUGAAAAAAUCUAUUGGCCUCAAGAAUUGGACCAUCAUGAAUCUCUUCAACUAUUUAGUUUGCAUGCCUUUUCAAAGGAUGAUCCUCCUGAAGAUUAUAUGAAGCUCUCACAUAAUAUAGUACGCUAUUCGAGAGGAGUUAGGGUAUUAUCUGUCAGAUAUAAGCGACAAAGAAGAGUGGAAAAGAACAUUGCAAAAAUUGAAAGCAGAAUCUUCGGAGGAUGUCUGGAUCUAAAUCACUCCAUGUCUACUGAAAGAGAUCGAAACAAGCGGUUCACAAUAGUAGAGAUUCGAGCUACAAUAUCUAAAUUAAUGGGAGGAUGUCUGGAUCCAAACGGCUCCGUAGCUACUGAUAUAGUUGGUAAAGGUGCAGAAAAGAGAACUUUCCGGCGAAGAUUCACGAGUUGGGAAAUCAAAACCAUGGCUUUUACAGCAAGUGGUUGGGUAUUAGUUUCUUCUGGCUUGGUUGCAUUAAGUCUCUUAACAGAGGAAGCAACAACAGGUGUGGAGGAGAUGGGUUAG